AUGAUAUAUAAUCAACAAUAUGAUAUCAAAUGCUUAGAUCAUCCCAAGCAAAAUAUAAUUUCAAUAUGUUCAACUUGUCCAAACAACACUCCUGUAUGUAUUGGUUGUAUUACAGGUAUACACAAUGGUCAUAAGUUUAAAAGCAUUGAGGAUGAUAAUGUUAGAUAUCAAAUACAACAAGAUAUUAAUAAUCAAAUAUUACCAAAUCUACACAACUCUUUAGAAAAUAAUAAAAAAAAAUUGGAUGAAUCAAAAAACCACUUUAAACAAAUUCAAGAGAACAAUACAAAUAAUUAUAAAAAAACUUUUGAUAUAUUUAAGGAAUUAAAAGAUAUUAUCAAUGCAAAAGAAAAUGAAAUCAAAUUAUUAUUAUUAACUAAAUCAGAGGAAAAUAUAGAAGUAAAUAAUAUAAUACCAACAAGAAUAGAAAACAAUAUUAACAGAAUUAAUAAUGCAAUUACUUAUAGUAGUGUAACCGAUUAUAAUAAUAUUGAUGGAUUUAUUGAACUUUUAAAACACAUUCAUCAAUGUUGCAAUCUUUUACCAAAUAUAAAUAAUAAUGACUUACCAGAGUAUAGGGAUACUCAAUUAAUAAUUAAACAAAAUAAUCUCAACUCAAUCAAAGAUCUAAAUUAUAUAGAAGUAGUUGAUUAUAUUGCUUUAAAAACACUAAAAUUAUUUACACUUUAUGAAGGGUAUGAUAUUAGUCAUUUAGAAAUUCCCACAACAGCUACACGUUUAGCUUUACCUAAUGGCUUUGAUCAACCACUUGAUUUUAUACCACCCACCAUAAAUUCUUUGCUUUUAGAAAACAUCAAGUAUCAAUUAAAACCUGACUCAAUUCCAAAAACAGUUAAACAUUUAUAUUUAAAAGGUAGUUUUGAUCAACCACUUGAUUUUAUACCACCCACCGUAGAAUGGUUGUAUUUGGAAAACAUCAAGUAUCAAUUAAAACCUGAUUCAAUUCCAACAACAGUUAAAAAUUUAGUUUUACUAGAUGGUUUUGAUCAACCAUUUGAUUUUAUACCACCCACCGUAGUAUGUUUGCAUAUAGAAAACAUCGAGUAUCAAAUAGAACCUGAUUCAAUUCCAAAAACAGUUAAACAUUUAGCUUUACAAGAUGGUUUUGAUCAACCACUUGAUUUUAUACCACCCACCGUAGAAUGGUUGUAUUUGGAAAACAUCAAGUAUCAAUUAAAACCUGAUUCAAUUCCAAAAACAGUUAAACAUUUAUAUUUAAAAGGUAGUUUUGAUCAACCACUUGAUUUUAUACCACCCACCGUAGAAUACUUGUAUUUAGAAAACAUCAAGUAUCAAUUAAAACCUGAUUCAAUUCCAACAACAGUUAAAUAUUUAACUUUACAAGAUGGUUUUGAUCAACCACUUGAUUUUAUACCACCCACCGUAGAAUGGUUGAAUUUGAAAAACAUCAAGUAUCAAUUAAAACCUGAUUCAAUUCCAAAAACA